AUGGCUAGACGCUACACAGCGGAAGAGAAGGGUAAGUCUGCUACUGGUAACCUCACUGCUCAACCACGGAUCAGAAUUAGCGCGCCGGAUUUCGACCCAGCGGAACUCAUCCGAGAGAACAGCUGCACAUUAGUGGGACGCCUUACCAACCCCAAGGAACAGAGGAUGAGCUCUGUUCUAUCAUAUUUGGCUAAAAAAUGGGGGGUUGAAUCAGCUUCAGGAUCUGAUCUCGGAAGAGACUGCUUCCAGUUUCGCCUUAACUCAGAAAAGGAGAUCCUGGAGAUCCUUUACAACCGACCGUAUCAAUAUGGCCGUUGGAUGAUUAUAGUUCAACGAUGGGAGCCCAUAAUAUCUCCCAACUUUCCGUCACAGAUACCGUUUUGGAUCACCAUCAAGGGCAUCCCGCUUUACUACUGGCAUGAGAAGGUAGUCCGCAACAUCGGGAUUGAGCUUGGGGAGCUAGAGACAUAUGUGGUUACUCGCACAACAGCUCGCAUUCGCAUCGUCGUAGACGGACUUAAACCCAUACCGAUGGAACCCACGCUCGCUUUUGACACGGGAGAAGAGAGCCCAAUAACACUCGAGUAUGAGAGCCUGGGAAACCACUGUACCUCCUGCUUUCGCCUGUCACACCUCCAGUCGCAAUGCCCUGAGAGAAUUGGAGCCACUGUUCACUUCCAACAUGAACCCCAGAUGUCUGCCCCUCAACGGGAGUAUCACGCCCAAGCCUCUAAGCGACCUAUCGCAAAGGAGCAACGGGAGAAAACUAUGGUACAAGAACCUUUCAGAGAAAGAGUGGAUCGCCAUGGUAGGCCGUUUGGAGACAGAGCCGCUUACGUCGGGCCACGCCCCAAUGGACCUAAGAACAAGAUUGCUCCUGCGGCUCCGCUAUCACAGCGUGAUAACUUGAGGGAGAAACGGAUUAGCCCUGCAGACACGAGAUUACAGACGCGUCACUCCCCACCUCUAUCUCAACGUCGAAACACAUAUCGUGAUACUGACUUGGAAGACACACACAGAUCUCCCAAACGCUACUCCCCAAGACUCCAAUGGAAGCCUAAAGCUUCGGAACUAGCCCUUAACUCCACGCCUCAACAAAGCAAGAACAACUCCCCUCUGCUAUCUCUGGAGCGUCAUCUAAACUUUAAUGAGUUCCCUCCGCUACAAUCAUCCAGAAGAGAAGAUGGAGGCAAUGACCACACAAGUCAUGUCUCGCCUCGUAUGCAAUGGAAAGCCACUUCACCUGUUGCAGAACAGGGAGCAACGCCUCAAUCUAGACCCUAUUCGCCCCCCUAUAGAGGAAUCGACACCUACGAGGGACCGAAUUUUAACGCUCAAAACCAAGGUAUCCCAACGAGGGAAGCAGUUUUGGAGGAACUCAACGAAGCUGCUUUACAGUACGUCAAUGUUGAGGACCCAAUUGAACGGGCAGCACGACAGAAAAGAGUCCUCCAAAGCGAGAUUGACGGAUCAGUAGAACAAACUGCAGCUAGAAUCAUUCAAGUGGCGACUGCCAAUGCUCUAAGGACGGUGGAGGCAACCUCUACAGAGGUCAUAAUCCUCCCACCAGUAACGGCAGCUCCGGAGGAUGUACCAACACAACCACCACGCAAGAGAGGGAGACCUGCUGGAACAAACACAGCCCGCACCAUCUCCCGUAACACUGUCAGGCUCAGCCCAAAAACUUAUGCAGGCACGGGAUCAAGGAAGAGAAACUUGGCUAAGGCUCAAGCGUCUCCCGGACUUUCAAACAAAUCCUCUACUAGACAAACGCGCAGACCACGACAAGCAACUUCAACGACAGCGCCUCACAUCAACCUAAUCCCUGCGAUAUCGGAGCAGCAGAUGGAUUUUCGGCUGCCCAAGCCCGGUCUUCCUUAG